UUUGUCCUCUCUUCUCCCACAUGCUCACGUUUUGCCUCAUGUGGGCUUCUUUUAGCGCUGCAGGAACAGUAGUAUAGCCGCUUUGCAACUUACGUAGGUGAAAUUUUGUCAGAUUUGAAGCAUCGAGGUGCUGCUCAGGUAGUGUGUGUCUGAAGCUGCUAUAAGGUAAAUAAGUUCAAUGCUGUGUGGGAAGUGUAAAGAAUGAACCGACUGAUCUGUCAUCUAUGUUUUGAACUUUGCUCUUUUUUUUAGCAUGUAUCCAGCAGACACUGUGGUCAACAAAGCACAAACCAGGGUGACAGCACGAGACAGCGCCAUGGUGACGGUUGCCGUGUCCCGGUGUCGCACCACCUCUUCAUCAAUCUGAAGAGCUUCACUUACAACAGCAUCAGCGAGGAUGCAGAUGUCUUCUUCUCUCUGUACGACACUCGUGAGGCCAAACAGAUCAGUGAGAAGUUCAUGGUGAAACUGAACAAAAAUGGAGGACCAAAGAAUCCAGAGAAGGUUGAUCGUCUGUGUGCUCUCUUCACGGACCUGAGCAGUAAAGACUUGAAGAGAGACCUGUACAUUGUUGCCCAUGUCAUAAGAACUGGUCGUAUGCUGCUCAAUGACUCAAAGAAAGGCCCUCCUCAUGUUCAGUACAGAAGACCUUAUGGCUGUGCUGUUCUUGCCAUGAGUGACGUUUUCCACACCAUCACAGACCUCAAAGAAGAGAAGGACUUUGUACUCAAAGUUUAUACAUGUAACAAUGAGAAUGAGUGGUAUCAGGUCCACGAGAACAUCAUCCGCAAGUCCAACACCAAGUACUCAGCUCCCAGCACCAACUAUGGCCUCAUCAUUUCUCUGCAGCUGCUGAGGGGUGAGCUCGAGCAGAUCAGACGGGAGAACCAGGCUGUGUUCAACAGGGCCCUGGCACUCACACGCAAACUGGGUUUCCCAGAUGUAAUCCUGCCAGGUGACACUCGCAAUGACCUGUAUCUGACCCUGGAGCGGGGAGAGUUUGAGAGGGGUGGCAAGAGCGUUCAGAAGAACAUUGAAGUGACGCUGUAUGUCCUCUAUGCCGACGGGGACACUCUCAAAGACUGCAUCAGUUUGGGUAGUGGGGAGCCCAACACCAGCGAAUAUCGCUCUUUUGUCCUUUACCACAACAACAGUCCUCGCUGGAGUGAGAUGGUCAAGUUGCCCAUUCCCAUAGAUCGCUUCAGAGGUUCCCACCUACGCUUUGAGUUCAGACACUGCUCCACUAAAGACAAAGGAGAGAAAAAACUGUUUGGUUUUGCCUUCACUCCUCUGAUGAGAGAAGAUGGGACCACUCUGUCAGAUGAGAGCCAUGAGCUGUAUGUGUACAAGUGUGACGAGAAUGCUACCUUCAGUAACCAGGGCCUGUACCUGAGUCUGCCCUGCUGUAAGGAGGACUUCAACAGCUGCCCCAACCUGCCAGCUAACCUGCCCUUCCAGAGAAGCCCUAAAGAGACCUUCUGGGUCUCCACGAUACUCUGCUCCACCAAACUCACACAAAAUGUGGACCUGCUGGCCCUUCUGAACUGGAAGGCCCAUCCAGACAGGGUGUUGGACAUCCUCGGUCGAUUGCGUCAGAUAAGCGGAGAGGAGAUUGUCAAGUUCUUGCGAGAUGUCCUGGAUACGCUCUUCUGUCUUUUAGAUGACAACACUGAUAAAUAUGGACCGCUGGUUUUCCAGUCAUUGGUGUUUAUCAUUAACCUGCUCAGGGACAGCCGUUUCUACCACUUCAGACCUGUCAUGGACUCCUACAUCCAAAACCACUUUGCUGGAGCUUUGGCAUACAAAGAGCUGAUUCGAUGUCUGAAGUGGUACAUGGACCGCUCGGCUGAGGUCGUCCGACAAGACCACAUCCAGGAAGCCAUGAGGGCUCUGGAGUACCUGUUCAAGUUCAUCGUCCAGUCACGCAUCCUGUACUCGAGAGCCACCUGCGGGAUGGAGGAGGAGCAGUUCAGAGCGAGCAUCCAAGAGCUCUUCCAGUCAAUCCGCUUUGUCCUGAGCCUGGACAGUCGCAGCUCAGAGAACCUGGUGUUCACACAGUUUAGGGGUGUGAUCAGCAGCAUGCCUGUCUGUGGUAAUGCUCCAAGGCUCUCAUCCAUCUCAGCAGCGUUGUUGAACAGUUUCCCUGAUAUAUUUGAUGAGCUGCUGCAGAUGUUCACUGUUCAGGAGGUGGCCGAAUAUGUUAGGGGCACCCUUGGGAGCAUGCCCAGCACAGUGGACAUUGGCCAGUCUAUGGAUGUAGUCAAACUGCAGUCCAUUGCUCGUACGGUUGAGAGCCGCCUCUUCUUCUUCCCCGAGUCUCGUAGUAUUUUGCUGCCGGUGGUUCUGCAUCACAUCCACCUGCAUUUGCGCCAGCAGAGGGAGCUGCUCAUCUGUUCUGGGAUCCUGGGCAGCAUCUUUUCAAUAAUCAAGACAAGCGCCAUGGAGUCUUCUGUUCAGGAGGAAGUGGAAAUGAUGGUUGAGAGCCUUCUGGAUGUGCUGCUGCAGACUCUGCUGUCCAUUAUGAGCAAGUCUCACUCUGUGGAGACAUCCAGAGGACAACGCUGUCCCCAGUGCACUGCCGAGAUAACGGGAGAGUACGUUUCCUGUCUUCUCUCCCUGCUCAGACAGAUGACAGAGAUCCAUUUUCACCAUCUACUCAAUAACUUCCACAGCAAGGAGGAGCUGAAGGAGUUCCUGUUGAAGAUAUUCUGCGUGUUCCGCAAUCUGAUGAAACUAACUAUCUUCCCCCGAGACUGGAGUGUCAUGAGGCUUCUAACUAGUCAUAUCAUCAUAGUGACAACACAGUUUCUGUCUCCGGCACUGCACAAGAACUUCUCAGAGGCAGAUUUUGAUUUCAAGGUGUGGAACUCCUUUUUCAGCCUCACUGUACUGUACAUUAACCAGCCCAGUCUGCAGCUGGAGGCACUAGGUCCCACUAAGAGAAAGAAAGUUCUCGACAAGCAUGGAGAUAUGAGAGUGAUGAUGGCAUAUGAACUCUUCAGCAUGUGGCAAAAAUUAGGUGACAACAAGCCCCACUUCAUCCCAGGAAUGAUGGGUCCCUUCCUGGGAGUCACUUUGGUCCCUCAAACUGAAGUUCGAAAUAUAAUGAUUCCAAUUUUCCAUGACAUGAUGAACUGGGAGCAGAGGAAAAAUGGCAACUUCAAACAGGUGGAAGCAGAGCUGAUGGAUAAGCUGGACAGCAUGGUGUCGGAUGGGAAAGGCGAUGAUAAUCACAGAGAGCUCUUCAGUCUUUUGACCCAGUUAUUUGGUCCUUAUCCGAGCCUGCUGGAGAAGAUAGAACAGGAGACCUGGAGGGAAACAGGGAUCUCAUUCGUCACAUCAGUCACAAGACUUGUUGAACGAUUACUGGAUUACAGGGACUGCAUGAAAGGAGAUGAUAUGGAGAACAAGAAAAUUGGCGGUUCUGUCAACCUUAUGAACUUCUACAAAUCAGAGGUCAACAAGGAGGACAUGUACAUCCGUUACAUCCACAAGCUCUGUGACCUGCAUCUCCAAGCAGAAGACUUCACAGAGGCUGCGUUCACGCUGCUGUUGUACUGGGAGCUGCUGCAGUGGGAGGACAGGCCCCUGAGGGAUUUCCUCCACUACCCCUGUCAGAGCGAGUGGCAACGCAAAGAGAAUUUGAGUCGUAAAAUCCUCCACUACUUCAAUAAGGGCAAGUGUUGGGAAUAUGGCAUCUCUCUCUGCCGGGAGCUGGCUUUCCAGUAUGAGACUUUAUAUGAUUAUCAGAGUCUCAGCUGGAUACGGAAAAUGGAGGCGGCGUACUAUGACAACAUUAUUGAACAGCAGAGAAUUGAACCUGAGUUCUUCCGAAUGGGCUUCUAUGGCAGGAAAUUUCCUUUCUUCCUCAGGAACAAGGAGUUUGUCUGUCGAGGUUACGACUACGAACGGCUUGAGGACUUCCAGCAGAGGAUGCUGGGAGAAUUUCCGCAAGCCAUCGCCAUGCAGCAUCCCAACCAACCCGAUGACACCAUCCUGCAGAGUGACGCUCAGUACUUGCAGAUCUAUGCGGUGACUCCAGUGUCAGACAUCUCUGAUGUGCCUCAGCUCGAGCGAGUGCCUGAGAGGAUCAAGAGCUUCUACCGCAUAAACAACGUCAGCCGCUUCCACUAUGACAGGCCUUUCCACAAGGGGCCCAAAGACCGCGAGAAUGAGUUCAGGAGCUUGUGGAUCGAGAGAACAACCCUGAUCCUCUCCCGUCCUCUCCCUGGGAUCUCCCGCUGGGCGGAGGUGGAAAGGAGAGAAGUGAUGGAGGUGAGCCCCCUGGAGAAUGCCAUUUAUGUUGUGGAGAAUAAGACCCAGGAACUUCGGACUCUGAUAAGCCAAUACCAACACAGACAGCAUCAUGGCAACAUCAACCCGCUCAGCAUGUGCCUCAAUGGGGUCAUAGAUGCUGCUGUGAACGGAGGCAUCGCUAGAUAUCAAGAGGCGUUCUUUGAUAAGGAUUACAUCAGCAGUCACCCAGAGGAUACAGAGAGGAUCACACAUCUGAAGGAUCUGAUGCAGGAACAGGUACACAUCCUCGGAGUGGGCCUGGCUGUUCAUGAGAAGCUGGUGCAUCCAGAGAUGCGUCCCCUGCACAAAAAGCUCGUGGACCAGUUCCACAUGAUGAGGACAGGUUUACACCAUUAUAUGGUUGGGACCCAGCAGGUUCCCGGUGUGGACCGUUUUGGACCUGCAGGCUGUCCAGGAGUCAACUCUCCCAGAGGCAUCCUCUCCUCUCACAGCCACAUGAGUCCAGAGAGUGUUCGGCUCAUACACAGACACAGUCCUCUGAACCUGCAGGGUUCGAUCCGUCACUCGUCCUCUUCCCUAUCCUCUCACACAUCGAGUGAGGCAGGAAACCUCGUCAUAAUGACAGACGGCCUGAUGGGGGAGCACCCUGAGGAGGCAAUGCACAUGCAGCCAAGCCCCUCCUCCUCCAGCCUGAGCUCAAUACGCUCCAACUCUUCCCAGAUUAUCAACUCUGCUCCCUCAAGUGCCAGAGGCUCUCCGUCCUUACCUGACAAGGCCAAACACAACCGGGAAGUGAUGAUACUGUUGCCGUCUCAUCGUGAGAGGGCCAACAACUCCAUGUACUACAACAUGGCAGAGAAUGGACAGAACAACCACAUGCAGCGUGCCUUACUUCAACAAGUUAGCCCCUGUAAGCCGUGUGCUGAUCCUCACAUGAAUCUACCAGAGAAAGUCUUUCCUAACGCUCCUAGCAGCUGGAGUCUGGAUGGAGAGAACAGGGAGCAGGUGGCCUACAUGCCAGCCACUGGAGGGGUAAUCAUGCCCCCUGUCCCACCCAGGUCUUUCCCGCCAGGACACUUUCUGAUGCACUGUGAUGCAUAUCACCACCAGAACAGCGACCCUCCCCCUGCCCUGCCCGUUCGUUCACUUCGAAAGUCUCCUCUCCACCCAAUUCCCGGCUCUCCCACCAGUCCUCAGUCAGCUUUGGGGGGCAGUAACUCCACCCUGUCAGGCAGCGCCAGCAGUGGUGUUUCCUCCCUGAGUGAGAGCAACUUUGGAGGCCAGUAUCCAGAUCCCGGCCCGAUCAGGAACGAUGCCUUGGAGCCUCUUCCUAGUCACCUGUGGUCCCCUCCUGAGGAGUACCUGGCUUCUCCCUACCUGCACAUUCACUACGGCGGAUCAGAAAUUGACUCCAUGGACCCGGUCCGCCCUUUCCACUACCGCAGCCCCACUUCACACCCGCACCCACACACUCACCCGCACCCUCAUGCUCACGCCCACCCCGGGAUGGACAGCCACUCCCACGGGCCGCCGCCUCAUCACCAUGCACCCACCCACGGUCCUCAUCACAUCCCCUAUCGCAGGCCUCAGCCUCCAGCCGUCCCACCUAAACCCUACCUGAGAGAGGGCUGCAUUCCAGAGGAGGAGCUGCAGCCUCAGCCCAUCCCACUGCCCCGCAGGAUCUUCCACUCCCCUCACGGCCACAGGGAGGACCAGGCUAAGCACGCCUGGGAGCAGUGCAUCAAUGAGGAGCACGAGGAGGCGCAGUGAUGAGGAGUCUCCGGCUGUGUUUCAGUUAGAGCUUUCUUCUCCUUGUCUUCUUCCCUUCAUUUGCACUGAGUUAAAGUUGCAGUAACAAAAAGGGUCCAAUACGAAGCAGCUGAAGUGUGCUCAGUUGACCUUUCUCGUUCUGUUUUUUAAUUUCAGUGCAAAAGAAGAGAAGAAAAGGACUGAACCUCGAUGAAUCUUCAGCACGAGGCACAAUGUUCCGUCACUGCUCCGUGUGGCUUCUUAGAUAUUAUUAAAAGAAAAUUAUCUGUUGAACAUUAAAACAGAUAACAUUAACUUUGUUCAAAAAUUGAUAUUGAUUGUACACAAUUGUACAACUCGUCUGUGAGCAUGUUUUUUUCAUUUUGAGAAUAAUACAACAACAGUUUUGUGAAAUAUGACAACCAUGACCAUAACUGACAUGAUCCCAGGUGCAGUAUAAGCUCUGAACUCCCUUAAUUUUGCUUGGUCAUUUUCACAACACAAGGCAACUACAGAAGGUUAUUAUUCACAGUGAAGUGACUUCUCUGCUUUCAAUGCUUCAUAUAUAUGAAUCCUUAUUUUGAUAAAUUUGCUACAUUAUAGUGUUUUCAAAAGCUUAUGUCCAUUAUGUUUUUCAAAACACUGUUAAGUGCUCCUUAAUAGUGAAUCAUAUCAAAUGCUGCACUCGUGUUGCUGCCGGGCAGUCAUAAAUGGCAGGUCUUUAAGGUUGGACUUGCAGCUCUCCUUUUGGACCGGCAUCUCAAGGGACAUGAACUUCAGUCACUGACAAUUUCCCAUCCGUACCAAGUGUAUGGAAACCUACGUGAAUGUAUUCAGAUGAGAUGUUCUAUUUGUAUUGCACAAGUUGCAAACCUGGUUUUUGUUUAAGUGCUUUAAGUUCAGUGUAUGUUGAAGAAGUCUCUAUUUGUCUCUUCUGUUUGACAAAGAUAUCUUGAGAGGAAUGAGAGCAUUCGGCAGACUGAGGGGAUUGGUGAAGGGAAACUGAGGACAAUGACAGGCAGCUUUUAACAGACAGCUCCUAAAACCUGUCAUGUUUCAUGUUCAUGUUGAAUGAAGGCGGGAUGGAACCAGGACUCUCCACUUCACACCUCAACCACUUGCUGGACACUGAAAACUUACACCAAUACCAUUCUUGCUCUCUAUCUUUCUUCCUCCAUCUUUUUUCUUCUCUGUUCGGUUGUCAGACUGUGUUAAGCAGUGAGGGCUGAACCUGGACAGCUGCAGUGGCAUUGCGUUGCAUCUGAUGACACUGUCCAACCCCCCCACCCACUGAGUGGCCAGCGUAGAAGCCCACUUAGACCAGUUUGGAAUUGCCUACCUGCCUUAAGUGCACUCAAAUGCAGUUUGACCUCUCAUCUGGACUGAAAAGCUCAUUUAGCAGUGACAGCUGCUGCUCUCCUUUUCAUUCUGUUCACUAUACGCUCCCUGAAGGAAAAAGAUAUCUACUUAUUGAUGUUUUUGUAUGGUUUCGUCCUGCUUUGGUUUCAGAUUGUUGUUUGGUUUGUAGCGCUAAUAUUUCUUAUUCUGCCUGCGGCUCUUUCUCAAUCACCUUCUGUUAUGUGAAAACUAAUGAUGUGUUUCAGAAGAACGCUGACUGAGAGAGAGGUUUGCUUUUUGUGGAGCAGAAGAACAGCGCUGUCUGCUGCGAUGUAGUGGGUUGGAAGGAUAUAGCUAAUAUUUUAACAAUUACUUGUUUUCCUGGUUGUUUUUUUGCAGGUGAAUGCUUUGUGUUACUGUACAUCAAGUUGUCAGCUGACUAGACAACAUCUAUUUUUGUAUGUGAGAUCAUCAGUUGUGUGAACAUAUUUCAGAAACCGUACCGAGACAGAAGGUCCAGGUACUGCAUAGGCUGCUGUACUUUGUAUGGAGAUAACCCUGAUCUUAGAUAUAUACAGUAUGUGUGUAUCUAUUGUGAGUUUGAUGGCACUGAGGAUAACUGGUGACUGAAGUGAUACCCAAAAUAUAGGUACAAUAGAAUUUUUCAAUGUAAAUUCUGUUAUUGUACAUACAGCAGUAUUGUGAAAUAUUUUUGAGAAUUAUUGCAGACACCCCAAAAAGGUUUAUUGUUGUUUUGUGUAUAUACAUGUACUCCAGAGAUCAAUGUAAUUGAUAAAUAUCUAUAAUCAGUGUUUGAAAAAGGAAGAAUUCAUUAGACUGUGGCCGUCUCCACCGUUCUUGACUUUGAGUCUUCUCAUAUAAAUACUUUAUACACUUUUCAAUGUGCUUUCCUGUACAUAUGGUGUUAGCAUGAUCAAACAGUGUUUGGUUGUAAAAGUGGUUUUCCUACUCCCAUAACUGCUGUGGUAUGGAAUUCGUUAACGAUGCCAAACAUUAAAGACAA